AUGAACGCAAACGGCCGGGUGGCAGAUUCCUUCCACUGGGCGCAUGCUACCGCUGUUAAAUGCGAGGCGCUCGCGAGAAGGCUGUUCUGGGUCUCGCUGAUCUACGAGGGCGACUUCGUGUCGGAGAUAUCCAUCACCUUGCCGUCCGGCAUAGCGAGAUACGAGGACGUUGUGCCAUAUCCGGCCCCGGAAACGCCCAAGCACCACAGAGACUACUACUACCACCACCACCACCACCACCACCACCACGCCGCCACGACGACGGUCCCGACGCCAGACGCCGACGCCGACGCCGCGAGCCCUGCCUCGACGUCCUUCUACCGGACCGAGGAGCUCGUCGCGUUCCAGAUCAGCACCAACGCCGCCAUCCGGCGGUUCCUGAACCGCGUCAACAGCGUCGUCUACGACAGCAGGGACCAGUUCCGCAUGACCCGCGCCAGCUACGCCGACUGGCUGCUGCGCACCACCACGGACCUGUGGUCCUACCACGGCGCCCUCUACCGUAACCUGCCCGACUUCCUGCUGACGAGCCAGCCGAGGAGGAGGCCCCCCGGCCCUCCCGACCACGAGGGCGUCUCGAGCUCGUCGCCGGCGGCGGCGGCGGCGACGACGCCGGGCAUCAUUCGGGUCGAGGAGCUCGGCAACAACCCGUGGAACGUGCUGCGCCUCAAGGGCCGGUACUACGCCGGGCAGUACAUCAUCCACCGUCCCUUCAUCGAGUACGUCAUGCUCAACGUGGCGCACUUCGAGACCCAUCCGUGCAAGGGGGCGGUCCUGGAGAGGUGCAGAAUGUGUCUGGAGGGUUGCAAGGGGUUCAUCAACGUUUUCGAUAUCGACCCGGCCAACAGUAUGACGGGCCUGUUUGCAACCGGCAUGGUGUAG